AUGGAUCCUCAAGUUUUAGAUUUGGAUAUAUUAGAAAACUUGAAUGAAGAAGAAAAAGAAACUCACAAAGGGCAGCAUUUGAUUAGAAUUUCUAGUCCAUUAUCUCCUAUUAGCAAACAAAUAGUAUUUGCUAUUAAUGAUACAUUUCCUAAUUGGUUAAUUGCAGAGCAUUAUGUUACUCAGUAUGGUCACCAAAAAGGAUUUGUUGCUAUUAAAAUUCGCAAUAAAACUGAUAACAAUGGUGGUCUAACAAAUUUGUAUUAUAAAUGCGAAUUUGGUAGUAUAUAUCAACAAAAAAAAUCUGUAAAUUUGCAAAGUCAAUAUAAUAAAGAUACAAAAAAACUUAAUUGCAAAUGGAAACUUAAUUUGUUGUCAGCGACAGAUGUAGUUCGUAUUACUAGCUUUUAUGAUCAACAUGUCGAACACCAACUUUCAUCUGAUAUUGUAAUUUUUGCUUCAAUUAAUCGUCGGUUCUCUAAUGAGUAUUGCAAGAAUAUUCGUCACUUGCUUGUUGAUGAUCAGUGUGAUUUAUCAACAAUAUGGUCCCUUAUAUCCGUUAAGUAUCCCAACCAGCUUUUGUUAACAAGAAACCUUGCUAAUGUUGUGACUUAA